CUUGGCCCAGUUUUGAUAGGAAGAGAGAGGGUAUGUGUAUAUAUAUAUACACGUAUUGAAGCUAAGAGAGUUACAAUGUAAAAAAAAAUGGCGGAUAAAGGAACAAGCAUGGACACGAACUUGUCCAUACUUCACCAUGCAUCAAGUACCGGGAGCAAUAAUAGUAAUCCAGAAAGUGCAAUAGAGUUACAGUACUGGGCUAAGAUUGAGAGAUUACCCACAAGCAAACGAGUGAAUAAAUCGUUGGUUGAUCAUAAGCUUUUGAAUGAUAGCAAAGAAAAGAAAGCAGGAAAGAGAAUGGUGGAUGUUACCAAGCUUGGAGCAGUAGAGAAACACAUGUUCAUUGACGAGCUUUUGAAGGAAAUUGAGGAAGACAACCUUCGGCUCUUAGAGAAACAGAAAGAAAGAAUAGAUAGAGUGGGUCUGGAAUUGCCAAGUGUGGAAGUAAGAUACCAGAAUUUGUUCAUAGAAGCAGAAUGCAAGGUUGUUCAUGGAAAACCCAUCCCUACUCUUUGGAGCACACUCAAAGACAUAAUCGCUGGUAUGAGAUAUACUAAUGGAUACAAUAAUUCUCAAGUGAAAAAGCAAAAGAUUAUCAACAAUGUCAGUGGCAUCAUCAAGCCUUCAAGGCUGACUUUAUUGCUUGGCCCUCCAGGAUGUGGGAAAACCACUUUGUUACGGGCACUUGCAGGGACACUAGAUCAAUCUCUCAAGGUCACUGGUGAAAUCUCCUAUAAUGGUUAUAAGGUCAAUGAGUUUGUUCCUCAGAAGACAUCAGCUUAUAUAAGCCAAUAUGACCUGCACAUUUCUGAAAUGACAGUGAGAGAAACACUUGACUUCUCUGCACGUUGUCAAGGCAUUGGGGACAGAGCAGAUAUUAUGAAAGAACUUUGUAGAAGGGAGAAGCAAGCUGGAAUUAUCCCCGAAUCAGAUAUUGACACUUACAUGAAGGCUACUUCUAUUGAAGGAUUAAGAAAAACUCUCCAAACGGACUAUAUAUUGAAGAUUCUAGGACUAGACAAUUGUGCUGACACACUUUCAGGAGACAUGAUGAAUAGAGGAAUUUCUGGCGGUCAAAAGAGAAGGCUCACAACAGGGGAAAUGAUCAUUGGUCCAACAAAAGCUCUCUUUAUGGAUGAGAUAUCAAAUGGUUUAGACAGCUCCACUACUUUCCAGAUUGUUACCUGUCUGAAACAUCUAGCAAACAUAACAGGAUCCACCAUUUUGCUAUCACUUCUUCAGCCAGCACCAGAGACCUUUGACCUUUUUGAUGACAUUAUCUUAAUGGCAGAAGGGAAGAUUGUAUACCAUGGGCCUCGCAACAAUGUUCUAGCGUUCUUCGAGCAUUGUGGUUUUCGAUGCCCACCAAGAAAAAACAUAGCCGAUUUCCUCCAAGAAGUAUUAUCUAAAAAAGAUCAACCCAAGUACUGGUACCAUGAGGACCGACCUUACACUUACAUCUCUAUAAACAACAUUGAAAGAUCAUUCAAGGAAUAUCACCUGGGAGAGAAGCUAAAUGAGAAACUUUCUAGGCCAGUUGAUAAAUCAAAGUACCCUAAGAAGGCUUUGUCAUUUAACACUUACUCAUUGAGUAAUUGGGAACUAUUUAAAGCAUGCAUGGCUCGAGAAUGGUUACUUAUAAAGCGUAACUCAUUUGUUCAUGUGUUUAAAUCUACGCAGCUUUUGUUCGUAGGAUUGGUCACGAUGACGGUGUUUAUACGCUCAAGGAUGAACAUUGAUCUGGUCCAUGCAACUUACUACAUGGGUGCCAUGUUUUACACUCUUAUUAGAUUUAUAUGUUUGGGUCUUCCAGAGUUGUCAUUGACUGCUUCCAGACUUGCAGUCUUCUACAAGCAAAGAGAUUUCUACUUUUAUCCCGCAUGGACUUAUUUCAUUCCAGCUGCCAUUUUAAAGAUUCCAUUCUCAUUACUAGAUGCUUUUCUUUGGACAAGUCUUACUUAUUAUGUCAUUGGUUACAGUCCUGAACUGGAAAGGUUCUUCAGCCAAUUCCUUAUUCUAUUCCUUGUCCAUCUAGUAUCAGUGUCAAUGUUCAGUUUAAUUGCAUCAAUCUUUCGAAAUCCAUCGGUUGCAGCACCAUGCUCACUUCUCACUUUGAUAGUAAUAUAUUUAUUCAGUGGAUUUGUGAUUCCAAAAUCUUCUCUACCUGCUUGUUUGAGGUGGGGCUUUUGGAUUUCUCCUUUGGCAUAUGCAGAAAUAGGAAUUUCAUUGAAUGAGUUCCUUGCACCAAGGUGGCAGAAGGAUUCAUCUUCAAAUGUCACUCUAGGGCAUCAAGUUCUAAUGAGCCGCAGUCUAGAUUUCAGUCCCCACUUUUACUGGAUUUCAGUGGCAGCAUUAGUAGGAUAUUGGAUGGUUUUCAACAUUGCAAUUACUUGGGCUCUGAGUUACAUGAAGGCUCCAGGGCGAGCCCAGACUCUGAUUUCACAUGUAAGGCUCUCUACUCUAAAGGGAAAAGAAGGUUUGAGAAUUGUACCUCAAGAAAAAGAGCUGCCUCCCAUUGAUCGAUCUACAACUGUCAAAGAAACCGAAAGAAUGGGGGUGGUUCUACCUUUUGAGCCCAUAACAAUUUCAUUUGAGAAUGUGCAAUACUAUGUUGAUACCCCCAAGGAAUUGAGAAAGAAAGGUUUUCCCGAGAAAAGAAUACAGCUUCUUCAAGAAAUUACAGGUGUAUUCAGGCCUGGAGUUCUUACAGCUUUGAUGGGAGUUAGUGGAGCCGGAAAAACAACGUUGAUGGAUGUUCUUUCGGGAAGAAAAACAGCAGGACAUAUGGAAGGCGAGAUAAGAAUUGGAGGGUACCCUAAAGUCCAGGAUACAUACUCCAGAAUAUCUGGUUACUGUGAACAAAGUGAUAUACAUUCCCCACUUCUUUCAGUGGGAGAAUCAGUAGCAUACUCAGCUCGGUUACGCCUGCCAGCUCAGAUUGAUAAAUUUACAAGACUUGAAUUCGUAGCAGAAGUUCUUCAGUUGAUUGAGCUUGAUGAGAUUAAAGAUGGUUUAGUUGGCAGCCCCGGGAUUAGUGGUAUUUCCACUGAGCAGCGCAAACGGCUUACUAUAGCAGUAGAGCUUGUUUCUAAUCCAUCCAUAAUAUUCAUGGAUGAGCCCACAUCUGGUUUAGAUGCCAGAGCAGCUGCAAUUGUUAUGCGAGUUGUGAAAAAUAUUGUUAGUACAGGAAGGACAGUCGUUUGCACCAUUCACCAGCCAAGUAUUGACAUAUUUGAAGCAUUUGAUGAGCUGAUGUUGCUUAAAAAAGGGGGGCAAAUAAUAUAUUCUGGAGAGCUGGGUCAGAAUUCAAGUAAGCUUAUUGAGUAUUUGGAGGGUGUUCCUGGGGUUCCAAAAAUCAAAGAAAAUUACAACCCAGCGACAUGGAUGUUAGAGGUUACAAGUCCUUCUGCAGAAGCUAAACGGGAACUGGAUUUUGCCAGUUUAUACAAAGAGUCUAAAUUGUGCAGAGAAAACAAAGAACGAGUAAAAAUACUAAGCUCUCCAGUACAAGGUUCAAAAGAGCUGCAUUUUUUUACUCGCUUUCCACUAAAUGGAUGGCAACAAUUCACUGCAUGCGUCUGGAAGCUACAUCUGACUUACUGGAGAAGUCCCCAUUAUAAUUUGGCGCGCUAUCUAGUUUUCAUUUUGUGUUCUUUAUUAUUUGGAGCACUUCUUUGGCAGAAAGGAAAGAAAAUAGAAAGUGUGCAGGAUAUUAUCAACAUACAAGGAGCAAUGUUUAUUCUCAUGCAGUUUUUGGGAAUUUGCAACUGCUCAGGUAUUCUACCAUACACAUUCACAGAACGCAAUGUUGCAUAUCGAGAAAGGUUUGCUGGAAUGUAUUCCUUAUGUUCAUAUUCAUUUGCACAGGUGGCUGUUGAAAUUCCAUAUAUAUUCUUUCAAGCAAUUCUAUUUACUACAAUUACAUAUCCAGCAAUAGGUUUUUACUGGUCAGCAUACAAAGUGUUUUGGUACUUCUACACAAUGUUUAGUAUGCUCCUCUUCUACAGUUAUUUUGGUAUGCUGCUUGUUUCGUUGACCCCUACUUAUCUAGUGGCUUCAGUAUUGUCGGCUUUCAGCUACACCAUGUUAAAUUUGUUUGCGGGGUUCCUCAUGCCCGGACCAAAAAUUCCCAAGUGGUGGGUUUGGGCUUAUUGGAUUUGCCCAUCUGCCUGGUCCCUGCAAGGUUUCCUUUCUUCACAAUAUGGUGAUAUAAAGGACGAAAUAACGAUAUAUGGAGAGCGCACAGCAAUUAAUGCCUUUAUACAAACUUUUUAUGGGUAUAACUAUAAUCAAUUGGUUAUUGUAGCAGUUGUUCUUUUAGCAUUUCCACUUGUCACUGCAUUUGCUUUUGCAUAUGCCAUGGCAAAACUAAACUUUCAGAGGAGGUAAAGAUGCUCCUCUCAUACAGAUGUAAUACAUACUAGCAGCUUUGAUAAGCUUCUGUUUCAGCCAUUAAACUUGUUUGUGGUUCAAUAAAAAGCUCUUGAUGCAUUUGGUAAA